CCGUCGCCAUGUCGGUGUCGCACAGCUCCAGGCUGAACAAGCUGGUGCGGGAGCAGUACGUGAGGCUGCCCCAGGAUGGGUUGGUGCAGGUCACCUACGUCUGGAUCGACGGUAGUGGCGAGGGGGGGGGGUGCAAGAGGCGGACCCUCGCUCUGUCCCCCUCCUGCCUCACAGAUGUCCCCGAGUGGAAUUUCGAUGGCUCCAGCACGGCGCAGGCGGAGGGCUCCAACAGCGACAUGUUCCUGGUACCCGUCCGCAUGUUCAGGGACCCUUUUUGCUUGGACCCCAACAAGCUGGUGCUCUGCGAAGUGCUGAAGUACAACAGGAAACCCGCAGAGACCAACCUGAGACACACGUGCAAGAAAGUCAUGGACUUGGUUAAGGACAGCCAUCCCUGGUUCGGGAUGGAGCAGGAGUACACGCUGCUGGGCAUCAACGGCCACCCCUACGGCUGGCCCGACAACGGCUUCCCUGGCCCGCAGGGCCCCUAUUACUGCGGGGUUGGAGCAGAUAAGGUGUACGGGCGUGAUAUCGUGGAGUCCCACUACAAGGCAUGCCUCUACGCGGGGGUAAAGAUCUGUGGCACCAACGCAGAGGUGAUGCCCUCCCAGUGGGAAUUCCAGGUGGGCCCAUGCGAAGGCAUCGAGAUGGGUGAUCACCUCUGGAUGGCUCGGUUCAUCCUCCACCGCGUCUGCGAGGACUUUGGGGUUGUGGCUACUCUGGACCCCAAACCGAUGACCGGCAACUGGAAUGGCGCCGGGUGUCACACCAACUAUAGCACCGAGGAGAUGCGGAGAGAAGGGGGUCUUAAGUGA